AAGUCAAAAGUCGCCAUUUUUUUCUCUUUCUUCUCUCUUCUCUCUCUCUUGCUUCAUCUUCAUUGAUGAUGAUCAUCUAAAAUGGAAAGAAUCAUAUACACCCAUCUCUUAUUCUCUCAGAUUUCUCAAGGGUUCUUGUUAAUAAAAUCUUAAUUCUUCUCAAAGUUUCUUCCUUUUUUUAAUAAAUAUAUUUCUUCUUCUUCCUCUAUUUUUGAAAUGCGUGUUCAUCGUUUGUGUGUGAUCGUCAUCUUCCUCACAGAGCUACUAUGCUUCUUCUGUUCAUCGAAAUCUCAGACCACCUUCACGUGUCAUCAACGUGACCUCGAUGCCUUACGUGGCUUCAUAGCCAAUAUUGAACCAAAGCCAGAUGGCUGGAUCAAUCCUUCUUCUACAGAUUGCUGUAAUUGGACCGGAGUCACCUGCAAUUUAACCUCUACCAAUCCAGACAACAUCAGAAGGGUUACUAAACUGGAGCUCGGGAACAGAAAGCUGUCGGGGAAGUUGUCUGAAUCUCUCGGGAAGCUUGAUGAGAUUAGGGUUCUUAAUCUCUCCGUGAACUUCAUCAACGACUCGAUCCCUGUUUCGAUUUUUAGCUUGGCGAAUCUAGAAACUCUUGAUUUGAGCUCUAAUGAUCUCUCCGGCGAAAUCCCAACAAGUAUAAAUCUCCCAGCUCUGCAAAGUCUUAAUCUUUCUUCCAAUGGAUUCACUGGUUCGCUUCCGUCACAUAUCUGCCACAACUCUACUCAAAUCAGGGUUGUGAAACUUGCGGUGAACUACUUCGCCGGAGAUUUCACUCCCGGGUUUGGUAAAUGCUUUUCCCUCGAGCAUCUCUGUCUUGGUAUGAACAAUCUUACUGGUAACAUCCCUGAGGAUUUGUUUCAUCUCCAAAGUUUGAAUCUUUUAGGGAUUCAAGAGAAUCGUCUCUCUGGACCGUUGAGUCCUAAUAUUGGUAAUCUCUCUGGUCUCGUUCGUCUUGAUGUUUCUUGGAAUUUGUUUUCCGGUGAAAUCCCUGAUGUGUUCCAUCGAAUGCUUAAGUUGAAGUUUUUCUUAGGUCAGACCAAUAAAUUCAGUGGAGGAGUUCCUAAAUCGUUGGCGAAUUCACCUACUUUGAAUCUGCUUAACCUGAGGAACAACUCGUUAACAGGUCCUCUGCUUUUGAACUGCACAGCGAUGACUGCUUUGAACUCUCUUGAUUUGGGUACUAAUAGAUUCAAUGGGUCGUUACCUGAGAAUCUUCCGGGUUGCAAGAAGUUAAAGAACGUUAACCUCGCGCGGAACCUCUUCCAUGGACAAGUGCCAGAGAGUUUCAAGAACUUCCAGAGCUUAUCUUACUUCUCGUUAUCGAAUUCGAGUUUUGUUAAUAUCUCUUCUGCGCUUAGGAUACUUCAGAAUUGCAAGAACUUGACUACUUUGGUUCUUACAAUGAACUUUCAUGGAGAGGCUUUGCCUGACGAUUCAAGUCUUCAUUUUGAGAAGCUUAAGGUAUUAGUUGUGGCGAAUUGCAGGCUUACUGGUUCAAUGCCUGGAUGGUUAAGCUCGAGCAAUGAUCUUCAGUUGUUGGAUCUUUCUUGGAACCAUUUAACUGGAGCUAUCCCGAGCUGGAUUGGUGAUUUCAAAGAUCUUUUCUACUUGGAUUUAUCUAACAACUCGUUUACUGGAGAGAUCCCUAAGAGCUUGACUACGUUGCCGAGUCUUACAAGCCGGAAUGUCUCAUUCGAUGAACCGUCUCCAGAUUUCCCGUUUUUCAUGAAAAGGAACGAGAGCGCGAGGGCGUUACAAUACAAUCAGAUUGUCGGGUUUCCGCCAACGAUUGAGCUCGGUCAUAACAAGCUCUCUGGACAUAUAUGGGAGGAGUUUGGUAAUCUGAAGAAGCUUCAUGUGUUUGAUCUCAAGUGGAAUGACUUAUCAGGAUCGAUUCCUAGUUCGCUUUCGGGUAUGACGAGCUUGGAAUCUCUUGAUCUGUCUAAUAACCGUCUUUCAGGCUCCAUCCCUGUUUCUCUGCAAAGACUCUCGUUUCUUUCUAAAUUCAGCGUUGCUAAUAACAAUCUCUCGGGAGUAAUCCCUUCCGGUGGUCAGUUUCCGACGUUUCCAAACUCGAGCUUCGAGAGUAAUGCUCUGUGCGGGGAGCACAGGCUCCCCUGUUCCGAAGGUACAAUGGCUGGUGGUUCUGAAAGAACAUUGAAACGGUCAAGAAGAAGCAAAGGAGCUGAAAUUGGAAUGGCUAUUGGGAUCGCGCUUGGUUCGGUUUUCCUUCUUACUCUUCUCUUGUUGAUUGUGUUGCGUGCUCGUAGACGGUCAGGAGAAGUUGAUCCGGAAAUAGAAGAGUCAGAGAGCAUGAAUCGCAAAGAACUCGGAGAGAUUGGAUCGAAGCUUGUGGUUUUGUUUCAGAACAAUGAUAAAGAGCUCUCUUAUGAUGAUCUUUUGGACUCAACAAACAGUUUUGAUCAAGCUAACAUCAUUGGAUGCGGCGGGUUUGGUAUGGUUUACAAAGCAACUUUACCGGACGGAAAGAAAGUCGCGAUCAAGAAGUUAUCCGGAGAUUGCGGUCAAAUCGAAAGAGAAUUCGAAGCAGAGGUUCAAACACUCUCAAGAGCACAGCAUCCAAACCUUGUUCUUCUCCGAGGAUUCUGUUUCUACAGAAAUGACAGGCUUUUGAUCUAUUCGUAUAUGGAAAAUGGAAGCUUGGACUAUUGGCUACACGAGCGAAACGACGGUCCAGCUUUAUUGAAUUGGAGAACUCGGCUUAGAAUCGCUCAAGGCGCUGCGAAAGGGUUACUUUACUUGCAUGAAGCUUGUGAUCCUCAUAUCUUACACCGCGAUAUUAAAUCAAGUAAUAUUCUUCUAGAUGAGAAUUUCACCUCUCAUUUGGCGGAUUUCGGACUCGCAAGACUGAUGAGUCCUUACGAGACACAUGUAAGUACGGAUUUAGUUGGGACUUUAGGCUACAUUCCUCCAGAAUACGGGCAAGCCUCGGUUGCAACUUACAAAGGUGAUAUAUACAGUUUCGGAGUCGUGCUUCUCGAGCUUCUAACGGAUAAAAGACCAGUGGAUAUGUGUAAACCGAAAGGAAGUAGGGAUCUGAUCUCGUGGGUUGUUAAGAUGAAGUAUGAGAAUCGAGCAAGCGAGGUUUUCGAUCCAUUGAUUUACCGUAAAGAGAACGAGAAAGAGAUGCUUCGGGUUCUCGAGAUUGCUUGCCUAUGUUUAAGCGAAAACCCGAAACAGAGACCAAUGACUGAACAGUUAGUCACUUGGCUUGAUGAUGUCUAGAAGAAAAAACAAUAUUUCUGUAGAUUUGUAAUCUUCAAUGACAAAACAGUGAUACAUUUUGUAGGGAGUGGUUUUCAUACUUUUGGGAUACAAUGUAAAUAGUUUCCAGAGAAUAAAUUUGUUUCAUUUGUUAA